AUGCCUGCUGCUUUGCUGGCGAUUGUGGCUGCAGUCGCUCUCGCCGGCGCCAGUGUCUCCGCCGAGACGCACCACGUCGUCGGCGGCUGGGGACCUGAUUUCAACCCCACCGCUUGGUUGGUCGGCCGCUUCUUCACCGUUGGUGACAAAUUACGGUUCGAGUACGGCGGAGGCGACGAGAAGACGGUGGAGGUGGGCCACGCGGAGUUCGCGACAUGCGACCUCACGAACCCGAUCCAGAUGCUGACAGAUCCCGUGAGCCACGUGGCACUCGAGGAGGAAGGCAUCCGUUACUACACCAGCGGAGACCCCGAGAGCUGCCGCAAGCUUCCUGUCCACGACCACGACCAUGACUUUGACCCCUCUUCUCCGUACGACCCGUGGGAGCCCGAUGAGCCAUCGCCAUCGGAGCAUGAUGUGCCGUCCCCUCCCUACCCCUGA